AUGAACAUGCUAAACGUCGGUCUAUUCCAACAAGACACCUUAUGGAUGAUCAUAGUCGGCUUCUUUGUCGCAUUCAUCUUAGCCUUUGCUAUUGGUGCUAAUGAUACUGCCAAUUCUUUUGGUACCUCAGUUGGAAGCAAAGUUCUUACACUACAAAUGGCUUAUAUCUUGGCUACAAUCUUCGAAACCAUGGGAGCAGUACUACUUGGCUAUCAAGUUACAGAUACGAUACGAAAAGGUGUGAUAGAUGUGUCGAUAUAUGAAGGUGCUGAAAAAGAGCUUAUGUUAGGACAAGUGUCAGUUUUGGCCGCAUGUGCUUGUUGGCUUUUAAUUGCUACAGUGUUUAAGUUGCCAGUUUCCACUACUCAUAGCAUUAUUGGUGCUACAAUUGGUUAUAGUGUGGUGUUACGGGGUUGGGCCGGAAUUCAGUAUUCACAGGUUUUUAAUAUAUGUAAGUACAUACAUCUACUUGUUCUGUUAUUUAGUUUUAACUAUUUAAUUUAUAGUGUCAGCUUUGAAGAUAGACAAUAAUUGUUACCUAAACUUAAAUUUUAGUUAAUUUGAACUAACUUGUUAUCUAAAUUAUAUAUAAUUCUUAAAAAUAAAAACCAGUUGCUACCUAAAUUUACAUUUUUCAGUUGCUUCAUGGUUUUUAUCGCCUGCCUUAGCCGGAGCCAUAUCAGCUAGUUUGUAUGUUGUACUAGAUCAUAUUAUACUCAGAAAAGUAAGUUUUUAUUACUGAUUUUUUUAAUAAUUUUAAAAUUAUAAAAAUUUUUAAAAAUUUUUUAGUAUUGAAGUACCACACGAUCUCACAAAACGUAAUUCUUUAAAAAAUAUUUUUAAUAUAGGUCUAAUAAUAACAUAUUUUCAGAAAGACUCAUUCAAACGAGGUCUACAAGCUUUACCAAUCAUCUACUUGAUCUGCACUUGCUUUAACAUUUUUGCCGUUGUUUACAACGGUUCUUCUUGUGAGUUUUUUAUAUUUUUUUUUCAUUAUAAGCGGGUUUCCAAAGUUAAAAUAUUGUGAGCUUCAGCUUCGGCUUUGCCUUUUUUAAAUUUUAGUUUUGUCUCUAGCUCUAGCUGCGGAGCUGGCCUUUAGCUGGAAUUGUCCAUACUUUAGGGGUUAUUAAUACUGAGAGUUGACAUAUAUUUUUCAUCACCCGCUGUUCCGCCUUUUUUAUUUUUCCCAUCAGCGACUGUUGGGAGUUGAUUGCAAACUUAAGUUGCUAUAAAUAUUCGUAUUUUACUAAAAUUUCUGCUUUUUUCAGACCUAGGAUUUGAUCAAUUGACCCUAACGCAAUCAGCUGGUAUCUCACUGUUUCUUGGACUGACAAUAGCUGCUAUCGUUCAGUUUGGAUUUGUUCGAAAAUUGAAAAAAGUUGUGCAAGGUUCGUUUAUUCGUUUUGACUUAACCUUUUUUUAAAUAUAAACGUAUUUUAUACCUAAAUCAUAUAUCUGGUCCCUAUUUUUAUGAUUUAAAUGUCUUAAUGUUGUUAUUUCUGAAAGAUUUAAAUUUUAGGUAACAUUUAUUAAUUUUUACUUUCUCUUCACUGAUUAUACAACAUAUUAUCUUCAUAGCUUACCUUUAUAAGCCUUAAAAACCAAUUUAUUUUAUAAUUUCAGAAAACUUCAAGCCAGGAUCACUAAUCAAGAAAGAAUCAGAUGUUUGUGCCAUCGAAUUCCUAGAAGAAGAACCUCAAAAGGGUAGUUGUGGCGACUUCUUAUACUCGAACAAACCUGACGAUCCACAAACUUCGCAUUUAUUCACUUUGCUUCAAAUCAUGACAGCUUGCUUUGCUGGUUUUGCUCAUGGUGGCAAUGACGUCAGUAAUGCUAUUGCACCGUUGGUGUCAUUGUACUCGAUUUAUAAGGAUGCCAGUGUUUACCAGGUGGGGUGAAAAUCAUUUUUUUAUAAAUUGUAAUCUUUUUUUGAUUUUACUGCAAACAAAAGUUUUUUCGUUUUUUAUAAGGCAAACUAGUGUAUAAUGGCGACAGGACUUUUUUGGGCUUCAGCAUUCGCAAAAUAUGUUUAUUUUUUGAAAUUAUAGUUAUCAGUAAAGACAUAACAUUACCACUGUUGUAUUUUACCAUUCCCUUUUCAGGAAGGUCAAACUCCAAUCUGGCUACUAAUCUUCGGAGCUGCUGGUAUGUGUGUAGGUUUAUGGCUACUAGGCCACCGUGUCAUAAGCACAGUAGGUACUGGACUGACAGAGAUCAAUGCUCCACGAGGAUUUGUAAUCGAAUUAGGAACAGCUUUUACAGUUUUGGCAGCAAGUAAGAUUGGACUGCCAAUCAGUUCAACUCACUGUAAGGUUGGAAGUGUUGUAGCGGUGGGAGCUGUACACAAACCUGGAUCAGUGCAGUGGAGUACUUUUGGAAGCAUAUUCUUGUCUUGGGUUAUCACUUUGCCGGCUUCAAGUAAGUUCAUAGUUUUUUAAAGAAUUUUAAAGUGGCAGCAAUGGUAGGGUAAGCCAGGGUAGGGUAAGGCAAGGUUGAAUAAGAUAGAGUAAAGCAGGGUAGAGUAGAGUAUGCCAAUAGCAAGUUUAAAAAACUUAUUAAUUGCAGCUGUGCUCAGCAUGAUCUUCAUCUACAUUCUCAAGUUCUUUGCACACUAA